UCUGCCUUGCGCGAGCUGCGCAGCUUGUGCGGAGAGACCGGCCUCCUGCCGACAUCGUACGAGUUGUCGGGACUUGUCAAGUCCGACGACGAAGAGCCAUGUUCGUCCGGCGGCUUCUCGGACGUCUGGCGGGGCGAACACAACGGCGUGCCGGUCGCUUUGAAAGUUCUCCGAUUGCAUGCAGGAGAUCGUGCCAAAUACAAGCAGGUUUUCUGCAAGGAGGCUGUAGUCUGGAGGCGGCUGUCGCAUCGAAACAUCGUCCCUUUCCUCGGAGUGUCCCCACGACAUCAUCUUUGCAUCGUGUCGGAAUGGAUGGAGCACGGGGACGUGAUGUCCUACCUCGAACGCUUCCCCCAAGCGAAUCGCCUGCAACUUAUCACCGAUGUCGCCCGUGGCUUGGAGUACAUGCACGCUGUUGGUGUCAUACACGGGGAUAUGAAGGGGCGCAAUGUUCUGGUGGACAGCAGCCACCGAGCCCGUCUGAGCGACUUUGGUCUUGCCAUGACGGCGCUCGGGACGCAUUCCCUCGCUCUAUCGUCUGGGGCAUCUUCGAAUUGGGGAACCUUACGAUACAUGGCUCCCGAAUUAUCGGACCCGAGGAUGGAGAUCAAGGUCCUAACGACGAAGACUGACGUGUACGGAUUCGGGAUGACUGCCUGGGAGAUGUACGACGGCAGGAUGCCGUUCUAUCACGUACGGGGCGACUACACGGUGGUUCUUAAAGUUCAGGAGGGCGUGCGACCUUCACGUCCCCUGCAUGCUCGCGAAUUAGGUCUCGAUGACUACCUUUGGGCCUUGAUCGAGGCUUGCUGGCAUGCCGAACCUUCUUUACGACCUUCCGUAUCGACCCUC